AUGGGGAAAAAAUACGAGGCAUUUGUAGGUGCUGACCUCUGUAAAACUCCACUCUCCACUGUUGCGCAGAUCAUCAUUCAAAUGAUGUCGGCGAAAAAGAUUCAGUCUCCAAACGUGCUGCGCGAGGCGGUGCGUCGCGAGCUGCGCGAGUUCCUGGACAAGUGCGCGGGAAGCAAGGCAAUAGUUUGGGAUGAGUAUUUAACGGGACCAUUUGGCCUGAUUGCACAAUAUUCACUGCUGAAGGAACAUGAAGUAGAAAAAAUGUUCACGCUUAAAGGAAGUCGUUUGCCAGCAGCUGAUGUCAAGAAUAUUAUUUUUUUUGUCAGACCCAGGCUAGAAUUAAUGGAUAUAAUUGCUGAAAAUGUGCUCAGUGAAGACAGACGUGGCCCAGCCCGGGAUUUUCACAUUUUAUUUGUACCUCGCCGCAGCUUGCUAUGUGAACAGCGACUAAAGGACCUGGGUGUUUUGGGAUCCUUUAUCCACAGGGAGGAGUAUAGUUUAGAUCUCAUUCCAUUUGAUGGGGAUCUCUUAUCCAUGGAAUCGGAGGGUGCAUUCAAAGAGUGCUACCUGGAAGGUGACCAGACAAGCCUGUAUCACGCAGCCAAGGGGCUGAUGACCCUGCAAGCUCUGUAUGGAACAAUCCCCCAGAUCUUUGGAAAAGGAGAAUGUGCUCGGGUGAGAACCAACUGGCCAAUAUGAUGAUCAUGGAUGAAGAGAAGUUUAACAGGAAGCCAGAAUUCUAUAUUUCCUGUUUUUGGAUAAUCUUACUACUUGAUCGACCUGUGGACUUACUAGCCUCUUGCUACGCUUACAUACGAAGGACUCAUAGAUGAAAUUUAUGGCAUCAGACGUAAGUUAACUUAUGUGAAAUUACCUCCAGAGAAAUUUGCACCUAAGAAGCAGGGCGAUAGUGGGAAGGACCUCCCCACUGAGGCAAAGAAGCUUCAGCUAAAUUCUGCAGAGGAGCUUUAUGCUGAGAUCCGGGACAAGAACUUCAAUGCAGUGGGCUCAGUGCUCAGCAAAAAGGCAAAGAUCAUCUCUGCAGCGUUCGAGGAGAGGCACAACGCCAAGACCGUGGGGGAGAUUAAGCAGUUUGUUUCACAGUUGCCCCACAUGCAGGCAGCAAGGGGUUCUCUUGCAAACCACACUUCGAUUGCAGAGUUAAUCAAAGAUGUCACUACUUCUGAAGACUUCUUUGAUAAAUUAACAGUGGAACAGGAGUUUAUGUCUGGGAUAGACACUGAUAAGGUCAACAAUUACAUCGAGGAUUGCAUUGCCCAAAAGCAUCCAUUGAUCAAGGUAUUAAGGCUAGUUUGCCUCCAAUCUGUGUGCAAUAGUGGACUCAAACAAAAAGUUUUGGAUUAUUACAAAAGAGAAAUUCUCCAGACCUAUGGCUAUGAGUACAUCCUGACCUUGAACAACCUAGAGAAGGCCGGCCUGCUAAAGUCACAGACUGGGGGCAGAAACAAUUAUCCCACAAUUCGGAAAACGUUACGCCUCUGGAUGGAUGAUGUUAAUGAGCAAAAUCCGACAGACAUAUCCUAUGUGUACAGUGGUUAUGCACCACUCAGUGUGCGACUUGCUCAGCUGCUUUCCCGACCUGGCUGGCGGAGUAUUGAGGAGGUUCUCCGCAUACUCCCAGGGCCCCACUUUGAAGAGCGGCAGCCACUGCCCACAGGGCUCCAAAAGAAACGUCAACCUGGAGAAAACCGAGUGACUCUGGUAUUUUUCCUUGGAGGUGUAACCUUUGCUGAAAUAGCUGCCCUGCGGUUUCUCUCACAAUUGGAAGAUGGAGGUACAGAGUAUGUAAUUGCCACCACUAAACUAAUGAAUGGAGCCAGCUGGAUAGAGGCUCUAAUGGAAAAGCCUUUCUAGGAUGUUCAAAGGACACUGAACAUGUGCACUGCAGAAUAAACCUUCUCUUUAAAUAAGUUGCUGAAAGAAAGGGAAACCUCACAGAAGACAUACAGGAAUCAGAAGUUAAUUUGGGGUCUGCUUCUUAGGAAUAUUGUUCCUGCUUCUCUUUUGUGUUCCUAAUUUUUUGAAAGAAAGGAGAAUCAACUUAGAUGGAAGAAACACUGGUUUUGAAAUUUUUAAGCUCAGGGUCUUCAUUAGCAGCCUCUGGAAAUAUAGUAAGAAUGUGGGGAUAAUCUAUACAGCUGCAUACAUGGGGACAGUUCUUAAGAAAGCAGAGACAGGAGGUAAAAAUGAAAAUAAAAGCAGAAAGUUCCAGCUCUGAUCCACAGUGCUGUAUUUCUGGAAGACACAUCACACAUAGGAUAGUGGUUACAUGCUGAGGGCUUUUUCUUGCAGAGGAGGGACAUUAUACUACAGUAUCCAUUACAGACCUUUGUCUUAUUUGAUCUGUAAGGGAAACCUUGUUUUCUUCCUAACAAGUUUAGAGGAGCUUCUUGGCCAAAGUUUCUGACCUUUCAGCUACAUCUGUGUAGGUUCCAUGUCUUUGAAGAGCUUUCCACAUUGAAGAAUGUAGUAAUUGGGGAACAGCUGCCAGAGAAUUUAACCAUUCUAAAACACUUUCUUAGUGCACAUGUUAACUCAAAGGCAUUCCAGUGGUAGAUGCCAUUUUUUCAUUUUUUUCUCUGUCCAUCAUGGGCCUAACAUCCUGGUAGUCCCACUGUGAGCAGUUGGCAAGUCUUCUUCAGCACCUUGCAACUUCAUCUCCAUAGUAACUGCAACAUGAGCUUCUCUACCAGUAUGUGACCAGUUGUACUCAACCUCAUGUUUGAAAAUAUCCAGCUCAGCCAGAUGUCGGUGGCUCACACCUGUAAUCCUAGCUACUCAGGAGGCAGAGAUCAGGACGAUCGCAGUUCAAAG